AUGUCUGAGGCUGAUGUGCGCUUAUUUACCGAUAGCAAAGUCAGCGAUGAAGCGAAUAGACACUCGCAGGACAAAGGACGGCCCAAAGUGAAAGUCAAUUACGAGGACGAGCUCAACAAUGUGCGUCAGCGCUUCAACCGCGGCGAGUUGCUAGCGUUUGGUAG